AUGGUGAGGCCUGGGGAACAUAUCACAAUCCUUACAUACUCCCGGAUGCGGUACCAUGUGAUGCAAGCUGCCAAGACCCUUGUGAACAAGGGAUAUGAUCCUGAGGUCAUUGAUAUUAGGUCUUUGAAACCAUUUGAUCUUUACACCAUUGGGAAUUCAGUGAAGAAAACACCCUGCGUUCUUAUUGUUGAGGAGUGCAUGCGAACGGGUGGCAUUGGUGCCAGUCUGACUGCAGCUAUAAAUGAGAAUUUCCAUGAUUAUUUGGAUGCCCCCAUUGUUUGCCUGUCCUCUCAGGAUGUUCCUACACCUUAUGCUGGGACAUUGGAGGAAUGGACUGUCGUUCAACCUGCCCAAAUAGUGGCUGCCGUUGAGAAGCUAUGCCAGUAACAACAGCAGCACCACUGUGGAAGUUUUGUUGCCCUAAUGGUCUCUUGUUUCUUUUCAAACAGAAUAUUAGGUUUUUGAUAGUCAUUCUGGCUUUGUUUCAACUUUAUUCAGCUUGUAGUAGAAUUUCUGCUGUUGCAAUUUUACUUUUUUAAAUGCUGAUGCUUAUGGACAUAGUAUGUGUUUAGUUCCCGAUACAUGGAAUUCACUUAAAGGAUUUCUCUUUUUUGUUAUUUCUUUCUGGCAUUGGGUUGAAAUCCGGUUAAUAAAUAUGGG